UACACUUGGAUGCACUAUCCAUCUGUAAUUUCAGAAAUAUUAACUCUGACCUAUGGUGUUUGCCACCACCUUUUUACUUUCACACCUCUCUGUCCCCCUCUCCGUGCCCUUGAUCACAGCCGUUUCAAAGCAGUCUACAAGCGGCACGCAGACGUGAUCUGGUCCUGAUCUUCCAGACUCAUCCUUUGCCACCUGUCCUGUUCACCGACUGAGUUUUGCCCUCCCCGUCUUUGCAGAGGUCGUUCCUGAGAAUCUACGUGCAUCACUCUUUUCUGGUUGUUGAAUGAAUGGCUAAAUUCAUCUCUUCUAUCACUUCUGCCAAUUCUCCAAGGGAGAGAACUUUUAAAACUUCUGGAGGAAAAGCCGAGAAAAGUUUUCCCGUCGUCCCGCGGCGUACUUGAAGCAAGUAUAGCCGGACGGCUCGAGGCCGAGUCAUCGAUCAGCUCGGGGCUCGCCUCCCGGCCGGAGCUCGGCUCGUGCUGUCUGGAGCGCCUCACCCGGAAGCGGAAAGCGGCCCGGAGUCCGUUGCGGCCGGUGCGGUCGGGCAGGCCCGGCCCGGGUCGGUGGGGCUCUGUCGCCGAGAUGGCGGAUCCUGACCCCCGCUAUCCUCGCUCCUCCAUCGAGGACGACUUCAACUAUGGCAGCUGCGUGGCCUCCGCCAGCCUGCACCUCCGCAUGGGCUUUCUCAGGAAAGUCUACAGUAUCCUGUCUCUGCAAGUUCUCUUAACUACAGUAACCUCUGCAGUGUUCUUAUACUUUGAGUCUGUACGAACAUUUGUGUUUGAAAGUCCUGCCUUAAUUUUGGUGUUUGCCUUUGGAGCUUUGGGUUUGAUGGUUGCGCUGGCUUUGUACAGACACAAGCAUCCCCUCAACCUGUACCUGCUCUUUGGCUUUACACUUUUGGAAGCUUUGACUGUGGCAGUGGUAGUUACCACCUAUGAUGUAUAUGUUGUUCUGCAAGCUUUUAUACUGACCACUGCUGUGUUUCUUGGUAUGACUGUAUAUACUCUGCAAUCCAAGAGGGACUUCAGCAAAUUUGGAACAGGGCUGUUUGCUGUUCUGUGGAUUUUAUGCCUGUCAGGGUUCUUGAAGAUAUUUUUUCAUAGUGACACAAUGGAGUUGGUCUUGGCUGCUGGAGGAGCCCUUCUUUUCUGCGGAUUUAUCAUUUAUGACACUCAUUCACUGAUGCAUAAAUUGUCUCCUGAAGAGUAUGUCCUCGCUGCGAUCAGCCUCUACUUGGAUAUUAUCAAUCUGUUCCUACACGUGUUACGGUUUUUGGAAGCAGUAAUAAAAAAGUAAUUGAAAGCAGUAUUUAAGACUAUUUCAUUAAGUAAUAAAGUUUGAUAUUUAAUUAAGUGUUAAAUACUUUUAUGAUCUUUAUUAGUAUUCUGUGUACUUCUGAGCUUGAAGAUCUCACUCUUCUUUAUGGUAUAUCUCAUUUCUAAAUCCUUAAAAAUCAAGUAAGAGAUAUAAAAAUUCUGUCUUUUUUAUUUUUCAAUCAUAAAUUGGCUGUACCCAAGUGUUCAUUUGCAAUUCAGAAUAAUUUUAUAUUACAACAUCAAUGUGUCUUUGGUGAUUUAAUGUAAAUUUCCCUUAUGUAACAGAUUUGAUUUUGAUUCUGAAGUACUAGAGUGUACCAUUAUAAAGUGUAAAUCUUUCACUAGAUUUUAAUCUCAUAGAGUUAAAAUUAUAAAAGAUAAACUCCAGAGAAUUAUUCGGUACUGAUUAAAACUAUAUUCUGUUAAUGACAUCUUAUAAAACUAUAAGAUUAGUAUUAAAAUUUAAAGGUCUUCUUGAAAGUCAGAUAAAAUUUGACAGUACUUUUUUUUUUAAGUACAGGGUUCAUUUUAAAAUGAUGGUCAUAUUGUUAAAGAACCCCAGAGAGACUGGGCCAUCUGACCUGAAGUAUAUAUACUGAAAAUAAAAAUAUUUGGAAAAAUG